AUGAACUCUCUUGAAAAUCUUUACGUCUCCAAUAGCAAACUACAAGGCAAGGUUCCUUCUUUCUUUGGUAGCAUGUGCAGAUUACAGAGAUUAGACCUCUCAAAUAACAGGUUGCAUGGAAAAUUUCCAAACUUUGUUCAAAAUUCUUCAUGGUGCAGCAGACACAUACUUCGGAUAGGUCCGAAUUUUCCUAGUUGGAUUCAAACUCAAAAUUCCUUAAUCCAAUUAGAUAUAUCUGAUAAUGGGCUGAAUGAUUUCGUACCAGAAUGGUUUUGGAACAAGUUGCAAGUUCUGUGCACUUUGAAUAUGUCUCACAAUAAUCUCAUGGGUACAAUCCCUAAUAUACAAUUGAAGCUUCGUUUGAGACCAUCUAUAAAUUUAAAUUCAAAUAAAUUUGAAGGAAAAGUUCCAUUAUAUUUCCUACAAGCUUCUGAGUUGUUACUCUCCACAAAUAAAUUCUCAGAUUUCGUAUGUGUAAAUGUCACAAAUACAAGCUUGGCCACUUUAGAUUUAUUAAAUAAUCAAAUAAAGGGGCAACUUCCCGAUUGCUGGAAAUCCGUAAAUGGAUUACUCUUUCUUGAUUUAAGUAGCAAUCAAUUGUCAGGGAAGAUUCCCAUCUCCAUGGGUACCCUUGUCCAAUUGGAAGCUUUGGUUUUACGAAACAAUAAUUUAACGGGCGAAUUGCCUUCCUCUUUGAAGAAUUGCAACAAUUUAAUUAUGUUGGAUGUGAGUGAGAAUAUGUUGUCCAGUUCAAUACCAUCAUGGGUUGGAGAAAACAUACAGCAAUUGAUAAUCUUGAUCAUGCGAGGGAAUCAGUUCUCAGGAGAUAUUCCCCUUCAUUUGUGUUAUUUGAAGCGUAUUCAAUUGUUGGAUCUUUCCAGAAAUAAGAUGUCUCAGGGAAUUCCAACUUGCUUAAACAAUUUUACAGCAUUAUCUCAAAAGGGCAUCGACAAAGGUGAAACUGAAAGUCGUGUGCAUUGCUUCACACGUCUCGAAUUGAUUCUCCAGACCAUUGAUCUCUCAUCUAACAACUUAACAGGUGAAAUGCCAAAAGAGAUUACACACAUGCUUGGGUUAUGUUCUUUGAACUUAUCAAGAAACAAUUUGAAUGGUGAAAUUCCUUCGGAGAUUGGGAACUUAAGUUUACUAGACUCGCUUGACCUAUCACGAAACCAUUUCUCUAGAAAAAUUUCUUCUACUCUUUCUAAUAUAGAUCGUCUUGCCAUGUUAGACUUAUCAAAAAACCAUCUCAGUGGAAGAAUUCCAUUAGGAAGACAAUUGCAAACCUUUGAUUCCUCAAGUUUUGAAGGAAAUCUUGAUCUUUGUGGGAAACCACUUGAAAAAAGUUGUCCUGGAGAUGAGACAACGAUAAAGUCUGAAGGGCCAGAAGGGCGUGAUGAAGAUGAUAAUUCAAUUUUCUAUGGAGCAUUUUACAUGAUUUUGGGGCUAGGGUUCUUCAUAGGCUUCUUGGGCUUAUUGGGUCCAUUACUACUUUGGCAAUCAUGGAGAGUUGCUUACUUGAUGUUAUUGAAUAGACUGAUAGACUAUAUACUUGAUGGGAACAUCUCCAAGACUCCCUGA